AUGGCUACAAGAAGCAGAACUCUUCUCUUUCUCAACUUCAGAAACUCAUUUUCUCGCAAUAACCAGCAGUUUUCCAAGCAUGACUAUGACGGCUCGGAACAUGUUGGUCUAAUCGCUGGUGAGAUGAGCAACUAUUCUGAAGUUGCUAUUGAAAUGUCUGUGCUGCCGCCGCGAUGGAUAGACAUUGUAGACGAGGUUGAAGAGGAUAUUGGCAUACUUAAAGAAAAAAUCAUUUUGCUGGAAAGCGCAUAUAAAAAACAUCUUUUACCAGGAUUUGACGAUCGCAUUGGUGACGAACAGUCUAUAGAACGACUUACUGAAGAUGUCACAAAGAUUUUUCAGCAAGUUCAAGUAAAAGUAAAACGAGUACAUAUGGAGAGCCGUGUUGCCAGUAAAACCGAUACCUCGUCGCUUAGCAAAAAUAUUCAAACGUCAUUGGCCACAAAAUUGCAAGAUCUUUCUCAAAGUUUUCGCAAAACCCAGUCAAAUUACCUUCGCAAACUUCGUGGUCGAGAAGCUGCAGUGAAUCCCAAUAAAUAUGGUGCAAUAGAACAAGAUCCUGGUAAUGAAGAUCUUGACGAGGUAUUCACUGAUGCUCAGUUGGCAGUUGUAGUGAAUAAUGAGAGAGCUAUAUCUGAAAGAGAGCGUGAGAUCAACGAGAUUGCCAAGUCAAUUCUAGGACUAGCUGAAAUAUUUAAAGACUUGCAAACAAUGGUGAUUGAUCAGGGAACAGUGCUAGAUCGGAUUGACUAUAACGUCGAGCAAACUAACGUGUCAUUAGAAGACGCCCACAAAGAGUUGAUCAAGGCUUCUCAAAUGCAAAAUACUUCACUUGCCAAGUAUUGCAUUAUCGUUCUUCUUGUAUUGGUAGUCAUUAUGAUUAUCGUACUAUGGUGGAAACUGAGUCGCCCCAAAAAAAUAAAUUGA